AUCCAAGAAAUUUAAAAAGAUCACAUAAAAAGUAGACAUUGGUAUGUUUUAGUGGGAGCAAACUCAGCCUACGAGAAUCUUGGUUCUCUCACAUAAAAGUUUUGUGAAUCUUGUUUUCUUUCUCCUCCCCCAUUAUUACAAAUCUUGCACCUCUCAAGAUUCAAUCUUUUUUUCAUUUUCCUGCCUUUCCCUGUUACUUUUUCUCAUGAAAAGGCCUCUGCUAGAAAAUAUACUCACCCCCUUUUUAUCCUUUUCAUCAUAUCCACCUCAGAUUUCAAACUCCUUUGUAAAACUGUGGAGAGGGGUUUCUUCAAUCUGCAUUUCUUGCAGCUGAAAUGGUUUUUUCUUGGCUCAGACAGCUGCUUCCUGGGGUAUGUGCCAAGAAAUCUGAUGGUAAGAAUCUUAGAAUGUGUUGUUUGACUAGGUGCAGUUGUGUGCCUGUUGUGCUACUGUUUUUCUGCUCUGUAUUUUGUGGUGUGUUUUGUGAGGCUUCUACUGUUGCUUCUGUGCCUAUUGGUUUUGAGGUUAAUGCUUCUGAUAGGGAUAAGAUUUGGGUGUCUGAAAAUGGGGCUUUUGCAUUUGGUUUCUUGGAGGUAGAUGGUGAUGGUGGUGAUGAAUAUAUGGUUGGGAUUAUGUAUAAUCUGGGUGAUAAAGCUGCAAAUUUGCCUGUUUGGACUGUUGGUAGUGGAAUUAGGGUUCCUGCAAAUUCCACAUUUAGGUUUUCCAUGGAUGGGAGGCUGGUUUUGAUCAAUAAUUCAAGUAGAGUCACUCUGUGGAGUAGCAAUACCUCCAAUUUAGGUGUGGAAAAAGCUAGUCUUUUGGACAGUGGAAACCUAGUACUCUUGAGUAGCAAAGAUGAGAUUGUUUGGGAGAGCUUUGGUAGCCCCACGAACACGUUGCUCCCGGGCCAAUCCAUUCGUUUCCCUCAAAGCCUUAGGGCCCUUCCAACAAGAUUGAUCUCCAGUUACUACAAUUUGGUGAUUAGGAAGGGUGGUGAGCUUGCACUUGUGUGGGAGCACAAUGUGACCUAUUGGAAGACACCCAUUGGCUCUAAGGAAGCUAGGUUCGACUCUAGUGGCAUUCUGGGGUUAUAUGAUGAUCGUGGCAAGGUUGUCUGGUCCGUUGCCCCCGAAGAUCUUGGUGACAACUCCACGAGGUUCAGACACCUUAGGAUUGACAGAGAUGGGAACUUGAGGAUGUACUCAUGGGGUGGUGAUGGUCGUGGAUGGAGAGCAGUUUGGCAAGCGGUUAAGGACCAGUGCUCCGUGUUUGGCUCGUGUGGUUCUUAUAGUGUUUGUGGGUAUAACUCCUCAUCACCCGUGUGUGACUGUUUGUCCUCAGAUUCCUUAGAAUCUAGCAUUGGUGCGUCGGUUGCUGGUGGUGCUGGGUGCAAGAGAAUGGCUGACUUGGGAAAUUGCAGGAUGAAUACGAGCAUUUUGGUGUUGAAACAGACGGUUCUCUACGGCCUCUAUCCAUCACACGAUCUUGAGAUGUCGUUGAGUGAGGCAGCAUGCAGAGAGCGCUGCGUGAAUGACUCCACCUGCAUUGCUGCAACCUCGAUGAAUGAUGGCUCGGGCCGGUGCACCAUAAAACAGACGAUGUUUAUCAGUGGAUAUAAGACUGCUUACAUCCAUGCUGUGUCUUUCUUGAAAGUGUGCUCAGUCCCCCUCGCUGUUCCAACUCAGAACGCGAGACGCCACAGAAGCACUGAGCCGGGCAGCCCUGAGGCCAGGGGAGGGGACGGUAGGUGGCUAGCCGGGGCUAUUGCAGUGGUGGUUCUGCUCACUGUCUUGGUGAUAUUGAGCUUUCAAGUCCUAGUUUUCGGGAUUCUCUACCGGAGGCGAAAGCUAAAGGUUCGGACGAGGAUUCCUUUUGGCAAAGAUGCUCAGAUGAAUCCACAUUACAGUGUGCUGAUCAGAUUAUCUUUUGAGGAAGUCAAGGAAUUGACAAACAACUUUGGUAAUCAGAUUGGAACCUCAGUUUUCAGAGGUGUGCUCCCAAACAAGACUCCCAUAGUUGCCAAAAUCUUGAGAGACGUCGUUGUCUCGGAGAAGGAGUUCCGUGUCAAGGUCACCACGUUGAGUGGCACGCACCACAGGAACCUCGUCUCCGUGAAAGGGUUCUGCUUCGAGCCAGGAAACAAGUGUCUGAUCUACGAGUACGUCCCAAACGGCUCGUUAGAGAAGUGGCUGUUCGGGUCCACAGAGGACCAGAAGCAGCGCGUUUGGCGCCACAAGAAACCCGACAUUGCCCUAGGCGUGGCGAGGGGGCUCGCCUACUUACACUCGGAGUGCCAGAAAUGCAUAACCCACGGAAACCUGAAGCUUGAGAACGUGCUGCUCGACGAGAACAUGAACCCUAAGCUGACUGAUUUCGGGCUCGAGGAGUUCCUCUCGCCUCACCCCUCGUCGUCCGAGUCCCCAUCGGAGCGCGACAUGUACAUGCUCGGGGAGAUGCUCCUGCAGAUCGUCACUUGCAAGAGAGACGUCGCGGGAGAGAGCGUCGACAGGAUAGUCGAGGAGCUGGGGCGAGACGACGACGUGGAGGCAAUGGAGAGGAUCGCGAGAAUCUCGUUCUGGUGUAUGCAGCAGCAGCCGUUUCUGAGGCCUUCGAUUGGGGAGGUGGUGAAGGUGCUCGAGGGGACACUGUCGGUGGACCGGCCCCCGUCCCGUUUGGGCCGUCAGGGGCGUGAGAGGGAGGGUGUGGAAGAGAUAGAGGCGGAGGAGUUGUAGUGAAGUAGAGUGACAUUGCUAACUGGUUGUUGCUGAGCUCCAAACCUCUUCAUUUUUAUUCUAAGGGAUGGUGCUUUUUUUUAGUUAGGGUGUUGUUGGACUUUACCAGAUUGGAAUGUGUCUGGUUUUUUUGCUGUGUAAAACUGUAUUUAUAAAAUAUUACAAUGGUAGAAAAAUGU